GAGACCCCACCGCAACACCAAAGGCCAUUGAGGUAUUUCGAAGUGAGCACCGUGAACUGCGUUCGAAGUCGCUAGUCGCCAGUUGAGUCGGCAUUCGGCACGUGCACUGUUGUGAAGCUGUGAUCUCAAGAGACCCUCGAGUCCCGCCCCCGGCUGCCACCCCCAGGUUCUGCCGAAAGAAUGUCUGCGUCCCCUAUCGCAAGGCAGGCCACCCAGAGCCAGUCGAUCCCAUCGAGGCAUGUGGUCAUCAACGAUGCGACCCAAUUGCCCAUGGAUUACUCGACCACCCCCGGAGGCACCCUUUAUUCGACUACCCCUGGAGGAACCAGGAUCGUGUAUGACAGAUCGUUUUUGCUGCAAAUGAGGAACUCGCCUCUGGCAAGAACCCCGCCAAAGAACCUCCCUUCCAUUCCUGGCAUCACCAGAGGUGCACCUGACCAGGUUUUACCAAAGUCCCCAUUGUGCAGUCUUGCUAAGAAAGAAGUCACCGCUGGUGGUGACGAAGGCCAAGAGCAAUUCCAACUGGAAAUUUAAAAGCUGCAUUUUGUUGUUCAGCGAGGCUCCGGGUCAAAAAUGCGGUGAAGCAGCUUCAAAAUGAGUGUAUGUCUCGACUCGGACCCGCCAAUUAAAUAUUUUAAGAAACAAUGAAGACAGACGCCUUGAGAAACCGAACGCAUUAAAUCCGUUGUAUUUUGUUCUGCUCAACCGAUUUGUGCCAAUGGCACUUUAAAUCUUCAACCGCACCAAUUGCCACCAAUCUUUGCAUAAAAUAAUACUACUUGUCUCUCAACCAUGUGUAAAACGUCAGCAAGUAUCAAAACUCAUUGUAAGCAUGUGACAUAUUCAACCUCACGUUGAGCAUUUUCUGGAGCACUAGCUUGACCCUUUUCUAACUUUACUAUGGUUAACAACGUGAAGAUUCUGCUAGGACAUUAUAAUAAAGCUCCAAGACCAGACGAUCGUUUUCUGUUCCUAUAGCCUGCAUCACUACAGCGGGGUGCUCUUUCUUAAGUGGCUCUUCAAAAUUUAAUUUUGCGUUUGAAAGUUGCUAAAAAGCACGAUGUUUGGAUUUAUCAAAUAAAUACAUAUAUAAUUAUUUUGUCUGAUUUUACGGCCAUUGUACAAUAUUGUUGACCGAUUUCCUUCGUCUUCCCGUGAUUUGAAAACAUUAUAGCAAUAAAAGGAGCGGAGCGUGAAAAAGAA